AACCCAACAUGCAAGAAAAAUGGGAGAUAGCCAUCACCAAGCUGCAACAUCGUCAAGAUUGGGGAUAAGGCAUACUGGAGGCGACAUCGUUGAGGUCCAAGGAGGUCACAUUGUUCGGUCAAUUGGAAGAAAAGACCGUCACAGCAAAGUUUGUACUGCCAAAGGUCCACGAGACCGACGUGUCCGUCUCUCAGCUCACACCGCCAUUCAAUUCUACGACGUGCAGGACCGCCUUGGCUACGACCGUCCUAGUAAAGCUGUGGAUUGGCUUAUCACAAAAGCCAAACCUGCCAUUGACGAGCUUGCUGAACUACCUCCUUGGAACCCAGAAACUUUGGCUACAACGACUUCGACUUCAAAACCAAAUAACCAAGAAGACCAAAACACAACAACAGAUAAUGAUAAAGCCUAUCAGUUUCAAAUCCACCAUAGUGGAAACCUGGUGGAAAACCUUGCUGCUGGGAUUUUUACUCGCAGAAGAACGGCUACAAUAAUGGGAAACGAAGUUCAGAGUCUUCAGCAACAAGAAAUGGGAGAUAACCCGAAUAAUACUUCGGCUUUUCUUCCACCUUCUUUAGUUUCUGAUGAGAUUGCGGAUACAAUCAAGUCUUUUUUUCCAUUGGGAGCUUCUGGUGGGACGCCGUCUUCUUCUAUACAGUUUCAGAAUUAUCCACCAGAUUUGUUGUCCAGGACCAGCAGCCACAGUCAAGAUCUGCGGCUUUCGCUUCAGUCAUUUCCGGAGCCAAUUCUUUUGCACCAGCACUACCACCAAGUUCCUACAGCUCAGGCACACCAUAGCGAACCUGUUUUGUUCACCGGAACCAAUCCAUUAGGUGGUUUUGAUGAGUCUUCUGCCGGAUGGGAGCACCAUCAUCGACACCAGGCGGAGAUUGGAAGGUUUCAGAGAUUGGCUGCCUGGAACAGUAGUGGUGGUGCCGCUGAUACUGGUAGUGGCAGUGGCGGUAGCGGUGGGGUAGGACGAUUUAUCUUUGGCACUCCAUCACCACAGCCACUGCCACCCACUUUUGGCCGAAACAGCCAGUUGUUUUCACAGAGGGGACCCCUUCAGUCCAGUAAGACGCCCUUGAUUCGUGCUAGGAUAGACCAGCCAAUUUCCACAAUCGACGAACACCAACACCAUCAAAUCCCACAAAAUAUCCAUCAUCAAGCAGCGUCAUGUGGCAUUGGAUGUACCACAUGCAGUGUAUUCUCUGGAUUUCGCAUUCCAGCACGAAUUCAGGGCGAAGAAGAGGAGCACGACAGCAUCACCAAUAAGCUGUUCUCUGCUUCCUCUGAUUCUCACCAUUGAUCGAGUAAAGCCAAAGUGUUUUCCAUCUAUCAGUGGUCUUUCAGGACUAGUGGAUUGUUGACUGUGAAGUCAUGAGAUGUUAUGAUGGAUUCAAGACCAGUCUAAGGGAAGAUUUUGGUAACUUUGAAUCAAUGGCCUAUGCCGUGGGAAGAAGAAAUCUAGGUGGAUUUCAGGUUAUUCCAUCCCCGGUUGCAUUUAGUUUCUAUUAGUUAAUUGUGUUGUAGCUUGAAUUUUAUAUUUGAGUGGGCUCUUAGAGCUCAACUAUGGUUUCUCUUUACUUGUCAUGUGUUUCACGUUACUAGACUUUUUGUUUGCAAUGUUUUUGUUGGUUUCUAUGCAAACCUAGUUUGUUCUAAUUCAGGUUUUAUUUUUUCCUCGGUUAGGACAGAUUCAGUUAGCAGAAGCUGUCAUUCUUUUGAAAAUUCUUAUGAAAUAAGGUAGCCCUAUAUCAGCCAAUGUGGAAAAGUCUUUCUCAAUCCUAUAUCCCUUUGAUCUGAUAUAGAAUUAGAGAAGCAAUCCUGAGUCAUUUCCUCUGUUUAGAAGUUGUCAAUUUCUCCUGUAGAUGAAAGAGAUUAAAGUUUGUGAUUUUGUUUGUUGCUUAAUUGCUUUCUUAUGGAACAAAUUGUGCCAGAACAACUUCCUUAAAACCUGCAAAAAGAAUUGAAAAUAUAACAAAUCUUUUUACAUCUCUAUAAAUGCUUGCAUUUUUGGGGGUAUUGAAAGAGAAGACAUUUUCUGUCAACAGUAGGAUAUGUUGAAUAGCAUAGAGGGUAGCUUAAUCCUCUACCCGGUCUCCCUGUGGCCUGAAAAGAAUGGAUUAUUUCCCCCACUUAAGUUAUAAUACUGUUCAUUUAGUGUCAUUUUACUCCAUACUGCUUUG